AUGGCGAAAAUAUACAAGGACACGAGAGUUGACCUACAGCCUUUUUCAUUGUCGACGGUCGCUAAUAUUCAGAUCUCGACACGUGAGGGCGCGUUCCGUCGGCCUCACUUUUCGAUCUCGUCCUCCAGUCAGCCCGAAGUACCGAUCGCUAAAGACGAAGAUGAAUUCGCCCGACGUUACCUGGCGACUCAGGGCGCCGUCUACUUCAGAAAACGCAAAACCUACCCGAGAACGUUCGUGUGGCGAGUCGUGGACGAUAAUAAGGUGCUAGAACUGAAAUGCGCGGACUUAACGAAGAGUGGAACGGAGCACUCUGAAUACAAUAUCACGCUGCGCCUUCACUUCCCAGAUCAGAUUCUUCCUUCGGGAGUGGCUUUAUCCGAUGUCGAGGAUCAUGAAAUCCUCAGUGUCUUUGUGAUUACGGCAUCGAAACACCUACACACCCUCUCCCUCCGUCCUGAGUUCUUCCGGAGGCUGGAAUCCAUUGACGACAAUGUGACAGAGUGGUGCAAGACAUGUGUCCCCGCACCUCUUUCUUUCUCUCACCCCCAUCGACUUUAUGCAAGCAGCCCACUGGAGCUGUUCAUCUCUCUUGACAAUGGCGCGCUUUUGCGACUAACUCGAAGGGCCGGAGAUGAUGGCUCGCACUGGUCUCCUUUGACAUUCGACGAGCGAACAUGGGGCGCUUCGAUCCGUGGUCUGGUGAAAUGGAACGCGCCGUCUUCUAUGAAACACGAUGGGCGCAACAUCGAUAUGAGUACUGCCAAUGCCAUUGCUACCACAUCCGAUGAGACGUACGUCUUCGCCAUCUGCUUGAACCACACUUUAAAGAUUUGGAAUCUUGCGACGAACAAAUUAGCUGCCACGAAGGACCUUCUCGGCCGCCCAAUGGAUCCCGAUGCCGUACCGUAUACCUUGAAUCCCGCCGAAACCUCUUUCAUCCGGGUUUUCAAUGCUGAGAGGGCGUUGGAUGGGGCAAAUCGCUUUUUUGUCGUGACAUACUCUCCCUUUGAAGAUGGACGUUUUAAGUUCUGGGCUGUCAAGGGUGGCUUAACAUCCGAGCUUGUCAUUGAGGAUCUAUUUGCAGACGCUGUGUUCCGCCCGGUGGACCCCGACGUCACAGGAAACAUGUUUUGGAGCAUUGCCGACUUCCAAGUCAAACCGGCGGAAGAGGGCAAGGGAAUGGAGCUGUGGGUUCUAUGGAGGAACCAUGGGCUUUAUCAGCUCUAUACUCUUCACUUUGACCUUCAGACCUUAGAGGCCGACUGGUCUACGAAUUGGGUAUCAACAACAUUUGAAACGCACCGACAGGAGCAGCUACCCGCGGCGACACUCGACGAUGUCGUGGAUCCGACUGAGAAGUGGCUCGCUUACCUCUUACACCCAAAUCGUUACCUCCCUGAAGUCCUUGAGACGGCCCUUGCCAUCUACCAAGAGGCUCUCAAACCCCUUUCGUCGGUCUCUUCCGGAGUUUUGAAGAGAGAUGUGCCGCUUCCAGAAAGGCUCUGUUCUACUAUUGCCGCUAUGGUGUCCUUGCGCAAGUACGCCGACGAUGAAAUGGACUACUCUCGAUACCGAGAGGAUACAGAUGCAAAGUGGCGCCAGUUCUGGCAAGUUGCGGAGGACCUCAAUAAACGCAGAUUUGAACCUGUUUCCCUUGAAUACGACACCUACCUCGAAAUGCCUUGGCUUCUUCUCACGGAUGCGUGUGCUGUGAUUCGCGAAUGCAAUACAGCCGAGCUACUUCUACACAAUUCCAGCUCUGAACUCAGUGCUGAAUUCCCCAAAAUAAAGGACCGCUGGAGACAUCGCAACCUUCACGCCGAGCUUGGUGGUUUGUUCGAGCAAGCAUCUUCCUUGGUCAAAGUCGCAGCCGAUUUCAGAAAGAAGUUUUCUCCAGAGCUUGAUGCGGCGUGUCGGGCCGCUGUCGAAGUUGAAGUUUUCAACGAAGCAUCCUCGUCUAUCGCUGACCGUAUGGACAGCUUCCGGGAACGAUGUGAGUUUGGAGAUCGAAUUUCCAAUAAAACUUUUGAUAGUCUGGUUGCUGCACUCAAUGAGUAUCUCGAUGCCGAAAACCUAUCUGGGGAUGCUUUCUACGCAAUUAUUGAUACAGUUCCUCUCGGCUUCCAUGGAAAGGAUUCAGAGCUGCUUUCAACUUAUUUCGGUUCUCGGAUCGCUGUCAGUGGCGCACUAGAGACAAUUCUUCUCACCCGUCAGAUCCUCUACGAUCUCCUGAUUCUUGUCACUUUUGUGGAUGGUGAAAUUGAACAGGGCGAAACUUCUCAAUUUGAUGCUGCUAAUCUAUUUGCUACGCUCAUUGAUCUUCUUCGUGAAUAUGAAAUGAUGUACUGGCUCAGUUCCAAUGUUCGGAAAUGUCCUGAUCGCUCUACCAGAUCAGGCGGAGAUGCCUCAACGCCGGUUUUCUCAUUGAAGGACACAAAAUCCCAGACUAAGAAUAUCAGGACUGCGACCAUUUUGGAGGAUCUUUUCGUCACGGACAUUAAGCCUCGACAGGCUGUUGGGCUGCCACAGAGUUAUACUUUGACUCUCGGGAUUCGGGAUGUCCUUGCCUGGGUUACAAGACAAGGCGAAGUGGCCUAUCCAAACGCCUUGGCCUACAUUCAGUGCGACCUUAUUGCUAAGAACAACAUUGACCUCGCAUGGGAUUUCCUUCGCUUCCAAGCAAGCACUUCCUGGGCGACAUAUGUCAAGGGCCGCUUGCAUGUGGCAAUUUCCGAAUUCGACACUGCAGCCAUUUACUUCCGAAAGGCUGCAUAUCUUCUGUCGUGUGGCAAACCUUUGGGUAACCUGCACGAAAUGUCGUCGACCCUUCUCGAUCUUGUUUCCGUGAACUGCUUCCACAAUGGUGUUCCAAAAUAUUACCAGCAUAUUCUUUCUGUUUUUGAGCAAGUGCGCUCCUUUUCUCACGUCGCGGAUUUCGCUAGCCUGGCGCUGCAGGCCCUCGACUCAGAAGCAUGGGCUGAGCACGAUCCUGAGUACACGAGCAUGCGGACAGAUCUGCUUUCGCGACUAUUCCAUGCAUCGCUCAAGACCUGCCAAUUUGACCAGGCCUACUCCGCCCUGGCUCGGUACCAGGAUCUUGCGCUGCAGAGAUCCGCACUCAACUCUCUCGUCUCGAACGUCCUGUCUGUAUCUGGUCCUGGUACCGCUGGUUUGAAACAGAUCCUUCGCUUCCCUACCGCACUUGUGCCCAAUAUCGCCUCUCACAUCGAUGAUAUUCUCGUCUCUCUCGCCCGAAAACAGGGUACAUUCUCGUCAUGGCUUGAUGUUGACACCGAGGGCGAGAGUUCUCCGGAUUAUCAUCGCAUUCUGCAAGCAUACCGCAUCGCUCGCAACGACUAUCGUGGUGCUGCCGAAAUUGCGUACCAGAAUGUUCAACGCCUGCGCCAAGCCAGAGAUGCACCCUCGUCCGUCCUUGUCCGCACGGCUAAGAAGGAAGCCGAAGAAGCCGGAGUACCAGAAGACGAUGCAGAAAGCAAGGAAAUUCGCCACGAGCUCUUGUCGCUGAUCAAUCUUCUUGCCUCUGUUGACAAGAGUGAAGCUUACAUCCUUGUCGAUAAUGGACCACUUGCAUCGCACAAAGCAGCAUCUCCACAGCAGCGACGCACCAGCACCCAGGCAGAUGAUGACGGCAACGUCUUCAUGGAGGAUGCCGAACCGGGCACUCCGACUCCGUUCGGAGCUAGGCGCAGAUCAACCUCUAGUGUCGGCUCGAUCACAUCCGGUCGCAGAGGCAGCCGAUCGUCGGUUAGUGGCGGACGCGGCAGCGUAUCAUUCAAAACGCCCGUCACUGAAACGCCCCAGGAACGGGUUAUCGUUACUCUGGAUCAUCUGCGUCGCGAAUAUCAAUCCGAACUCGAUCGAGUGAGUCGGAUUGAGCGCGGCGAUUGGGAGUUUGGUCUUCUGGGCGAUGAGGAUGAAGACGUUGAUAAUGAUGAAACGAUGGUUCUUUCAUAA